AUGUCCGACGUCAGCCUCCUCGCGGAACUACUGGGGCACGUUUGCUAUCACUUUGACCGUAUAAAGCCUCUCCUCCCUACCUACGGCCACUUACUUGUCGCUUCUGUUUUCCCAAUUUGGAUUGGAGCACAUUCAUCUCUCUCUCGACCCUCUUCUGCAGCCAAACCUCCCAAGAAAAUCUCCGAUAAUGAUGACGACGAUAGCGAUAUCGAUGAAGAUAACCAGGGCCCUGUCAAAAAAAUGGAAGGAUUGCAGCCCUCAGAUGCUUUGAUGUUUCCGCUUACAGCUGGAGCGACACUGGGCGGUCUGUAUAUGGUGAUCAAGUGGCUCGAAGACCCUGCGAUCUUGAAUAAGAUCCUCAGUUUUUACUUUUCUCAGAUGGGUCUAUUUUUUGCCAUCGCCUUUUUAAAAGAUACGUUGUUGGUUCUGCGGUCGAUUUUCUUCCCAAUGUACUAUCGUUCGGGUGGCAAGAUGUGGCACGCAAAACAAUCUGAGCGUAUAUUCGUCAGCCAGAAGACUGGGCAGUCGGAAGGCACGCACAUUCGGCGUUCACCACUUCCGGGAAUGCUUGGUGCAAUUCCGUUUCCAAAAACUUUUCUAGCAUUUAUGUGGACCUGUCGUAAUGCUUCCUACCAGCGCCUCCGUCUUCGAUUCUACAUACGCGGUCUUUUUGACAAAAAGCCCCUCGUAGGUCUUCUUGACCUACUGAGUGGAAUCUUCGCCUUGGUUACUGUGGGCUACUUUGCCUUUGUCGCAAAGCCAUGGUGGUUGACCAAUUUCCUGGGAUUCAGUUUUUCUUACGGAGCUCUGCAGUUCAUGUCCCCAUCCACCUUUUGGACGGGAUCCUUGGUCUUAGGAUCCCUGUUUUUCUAUGAUAUCUAUUUCGUAUUUUUUACCCCACUCAUGGUCACUGUUGCCACUAAGCUAGAUGUCCCGAUCAAGCUGCUCUUCCCCCGACCAGCAAGCCCAGGCGAAGAGGCAUCUGGUUUGGCCAUGCUGGGUCUAGGAGACAUUGUCAUUCCAGGAAUGAUGGUUGGUCUUGCAUUGCGUUUUGACCUUUUCCUCUAUUACCAUAAAAAAGGGAUUCAAAAGGCAAGAGGGGAAGGCUCAAACGAAGUGGCUGUCAAGCCGCAGUACCAACGAGUAACUGGCUCAUGGGGCGAGCGAUUCUGGGCACCAACAGUGCGGCCGCAAUACCCGGAGUUUCAACCUCCAUACUCUGAUGCGCGCUCCUUUCCCAAACCUUACUUCAAAGCUAGUAUCGUUGGAUAUGUUGUUGGGAUGGUCACCACUUUGCUCGCCAUGCAGUACUCGAAUCACGCUCAACCUGCCCUUCUGUAUCUUGUUCCAGGUGUUCUGAUCUCCUUAUGGGGAACAGCAUUCUUCAGGGGUGAAAUCCGCAGCAUGUGGGAUUUCUCUGACGCCGAAGAGGAAGAAGAAGAGGAAGCAGGCGAUAAAGUCAAGGGCUCCACCGGGGAGUUGAUGGCCGACAAGGAAGAAACCGAGCAGGGAGUAUUGGGCCUUUUUUCAAAAAUGCUGUUUGGUGAAUCGAAGUUGUCCACAUCCAAAAGUGAUAGCUCUAAGAAGGAAAAGACAAAGGAAGACGUCGACUCCAAAACGGCUUCAACCGAAAAGUCCCAGAGCCUUGAUUUGUUCAAGACGAAGGUGAGUAAAGAGCAAGAUGAUUUGACGUUGGUGUCAUUUUCUGUAUCCCUUCGUCGCAAGCCGCUUGAAAAAGAAGAACCCGAAAUCGUCACUUUCCCCAAGUUCAUUGACGGAGAUGAGGAACCGCCUCUGAAGAGGCGCCGCGGAAGUCCGCAAAAGUCCUCUGCCUGA